AUGGCCCUGACUGUCGUUCCCUCGACCCGUGUUUUCAAUGGAAACGCGGGGACGCAGGCGUACGUUUCCGGUUCGAAAUGCCUUUGUUGCCCUUACGGAUAUCAUAUCGAUCUGGACUUCGUGCGUUAUUGCGAGGCCGUCGCGGCCGGAAGCGCCGGGGACAGGCCCUGCAUGGAGCGACGUAAGAAGCGAGAACGUCGUCGACAGUGUCAGUCAAUGGAGGUUCUUCUGGGCCUGGUAAGUCCGGCACUGGCGGGCAUAGAGGCUGAAUUGCUGAAAAUACCGCAAGAAUGUACGACCGCGAACGGGCUGACUACUCUGCCGAGAUCAAAUCAUCCGCCGCCAAGACAGCAGAGAGAUUUGCAUCCCUCGCCAGUUGUGGAUCUCAGCGAUGUCGUGGGUGACUUCGAAGCAACCCUCAAGCGAUCUUGCAGGUCAUCGAAAAUCUCCGAUUGUCGAUUUUUCACAGAAACCGAUGGCACAAAUGAGACGGCGCCGGUGCAAAAUGCGGCUCAGACAGACCAGCCGGCAGAUUCCGACAACGCCAGCGUUGGAAGUGGCAAUUCGAAUCUUAGCACUGGCGCGCUUCAGAACAUCAGAGAACAAAUGGCGGCAUCUCUGGAACGAAUGAAAGAGCUGGAGGAACAGGUCAAGGCGAUUCCCAUGCUGCAGGUGCAAGUCUCGGUAUUGAAAGAGGAGAAGCGUAAUCUUCUACGGCAAGUGGACGAGCUGAGUAAAACGAAUUCCUACAACGACACCCUACACAGGCAUCGCAGCCAGUCGUUUUCGGAACAAUGCACUACCCUACGAAACCUGAAGAACUUUGAAACCGUAUCUACCAGGAACAUGGGAACCAUGUGUGGCGUGAUGACAAGAGAUGUCGGGGUAUCGCACCAACCGGUCCGAACGAGAGACGUUGGUAUGAUAACAAGUACGCCAAUCAAACCAUCGCUACAGAAAAGUCAUUUGCGAAUCGAAGAGAUUGUGCCCGAGAUCCAGAAUCAGAGUGCAGUAUUGGCUGACGAAUCGUCAAAUCUCUCGAACCUUUGUGAUUCCUACCAUCGUAGUUGGAAAUCAAGUUUGACCCGCAGUCAACUGAUGCUGGAGGAGAUCCUGCCGGAAGUACGGAAAAAGCAAUUAACGAGAACUCCGCUUCAAGUGGAAUCGAUAUCGCCCAACGAAAACAAUGUGAUUAAUCGCAAAACCAUAAAGAAAACACGGGACUGUGGUAUUAAUACUGAAAACAAGUCCAGGAGUCUUGAGUACAGUCACUUCCUAAUUGAAGAUAUCGCACCAGAAGCAAAGAAGGAGAUCAAAAAGCGUUCUUGCGGCACAACAACAAGAAUAAGCAUGAAGGAUCUCCUAACGAAGGAAGACGCUGAAUUGCUUGUGGAACAUGCUCUAAGGAAUUACAAGAACAGUUUGGUGAAAGACACUUUCUCCAGGAGCGUCCAAUGCAGUCCAGAAACGCCCAAAGUCGCUGAGAAGCGGGAUCGGGCGGUCCAAGUGACGGAACAAUUCAGAAUGCGCUCUCAUGUGAGCGUAACUGCCAAGCCGAUGACAUCGGAGGUCGGGAUCGAAGUCAAGCUCGGUUCUUGCAUUAGAAGCGUAGGCGUUGGACCAGAUCCAGUGCAGCCGCCCGUGUCGUUGAACUGGAUAAAUUCGAGGAGUCAUUCAUUCAACUACGGUGACACGCGAAUGAAGACAAAAGCCAGCAAGUCGGUAGCGGUGAUGGUGGAGGACUUGGUAAAAACCGUCGCUCGCGGCACCGAUACUUCCGGUCUCACGCCAAAGUGCCGAGACUUCGGCACCUCGACGAUGAAAAAGACGUUGGUCGACGUGUCGGUCGGUGAUUCUGUGAGGCCGCAUAUCUCGAUUUCUUGCGCGGCGAAUUAUUGCGACAAUUGCAAGGAGACAAUCAAAAGUUUGGCGAAGCAAAUCGCGAACAAUGCGGAGAACAGCCUGAAUCAUCAGAACAGCAAUAUGAUAUCCAGGAUCCCGAGGCCGUCCCAUAUUCCUCUGAACACCAGCGAUCAUAGAAGACAGUACAAACGCCAGGACACUUACACGAAAAUUCCAGCCGCCGGUGUGAUUAGAUACGACGCAGAUAAUAAGGAGCAGUAUGACAGUAGCAAUCGCAUUCAACAAUUACAAUCCGAGAAAACUAAGGAUGAGAAGAUUGCGUCAGAAGAGAUGCAUGACGUGGAGAAGGAGACAGAUAACGAGGAGAAGUCCGAGCUACCAGAAUCAGCUUUGUUUCAACCGAUCCAAGAUAAGCCUAGGAAAAAGGUUGAGCCCUCGAAGGAGAUGCAGGCCGCCAUGAAGGUGCUCAACGACAGUAUCAAGAAAUCACCUAGCAGAAAUAUCUCUCAUCAGCUUAAAAAUGCUACCAAUAUUAUACAGCAAGAAUGGUUCAAAAUAUCCAGCACAUCUAGCGCGAAUCCGUUAGAUGUCGAGGAUUAUUUGGACCGUUUCGAGGAAUGUUCUAGUACCCUGUUAGAGUACAUUGUCAAUAUGACUGACACCAGUGGAAAUACAGCAAUGCACUAUGCGGUCUCUCAUGGCAAUUUCGACGUGGUGUCUAUAUUGUUAGAUUCGAAAGUCUGCGAUAUUAAUAAAGCGAACGUAGCUGGUUACACGGCUGUGAUGUUAGCUGCUCUGGCAGAAGUCAGAAACUCCACACACGCCUCGGUGGCGAAUAGAUUGUUCCAGCUUGCUGACGUCAACAUCCGAGCAAAAUUGCAUGGGCAAACUGCGCUGAUGUUGGCAGUAUCGCAUGGACGUAAGGAUAUGACGCAACUACUCCUAGAUGCUGGAGCAGCAGUUAAUAUUCAGGAUGAAGACGGUAGCACCGCGCUAAUGUGCGCAGCGGAACACGGCCACACCGACAUCGUGAGAUUGCUCCUUGCACACCCGGACUGCGACCCAUCUAUCGUCGACGUAGAUGGCAGUUCGGCCCUGAAGAUCGCUCUGGAGGCGGGUAACCGGGAUAUCGGAGUGCUACUUUAUGCUCAUGAGCAUGUUAAUCGGGGCAUUAGCCCAUAUUCUACUCUGAGACGAAGCAGAAGAGGUUCCAAGCCGACAACACCCACUGGACCGUCUCCGUCGGCUCCAGCUAGCCCGGCGCCAUCGCGACGCAUUCACUCAUCCAGCGUUUCUCUGAACACAUCGAAAUAUUCCAAAUAAUUCUGAUAGCAGAUCCUUUAUACGGUUUCCUUAAGAUUCAUCCAUCAUAAUUUUUCUUUUCAUGCAUUAUUUAAAACGUAUAGUAAUUGGCA